UGGGCAGACACCUUAAGGAGUAAUUGAGUCACGUCCAAAUGUAUGUGUUGUAUCUAGUGCUGGUACUUGAGCCAUUUUACUUAACCUAAAAAUUUACACGUUUCGUUUUUGGUUUGUUGUAUGUGUUUGCGAUGGUUGCAAAGAGAAAAAAGAAGUUCACCUCAGGUGAAGGUGCUCGAUACAUAACUCGACAGGGAGCGCUAAAGAAACUCCAAUUGUCUUUGAAAGACUUCCGAAGGCUAUGCAUAUUAAAAGGCAUUUACCCUCGUGAGCCCAGAAACCGAAACAAGGCGCAGAAAGGGAGAUCGGGCAUUAAAACCCUGUACCACACCAAAGACAUCUUGUUCUUAUUGCAGGAGCCAAUAAUAUGGAAGUUACGUGAUAUGAAGGUGUUUUUCCGAAAAGUUGAAAUAGCAAAGACAACGAAAGAGUUUGGACAAAUGCACAGGUUAUUAAAGAAGCAUCCCAAACUGCAACUGAACAAUAUCGUUAAAGAAAGAUAUCCCACAUAUAUUGACGCUUUGCGUGACUUGGAUGAUUGCUUAACAUUAUGCUUCUUGUUCAGUACGUUUCCGUCUCUGGAGCACGUUGAUAGGGAACAUUUCGCUUUGUGUCGUCGUUUGACAGUGGAGUUCAUGCAUGCGGUCAUCGAAGCAAAGGCACUCCGCAAAGUUUUCAUUUCCAUUAAAGGCUAUUACUAUCAAGUAGAGAUAAAGGGAGUCACAAUCACGUGGAUUGUACCGCACCAAUUUGGCUACCAACCUCAAAAAGGAGAGGUGGAUUUCAAAAUUAUGUCAACGUUCAUCGAAUUUUAUACCAUCAUGCUAGGUUUCGUUAAUUAUCGACUGUAUAACUCUCUAAAUUUAUUCUAUCCUCCGAAGUUGAAUAUCCGUAACGUACCACAAAUUGAAAGAAGUUUAGUUAAUAAGGAGGCAUUGGCAGCCGAGCGGAUAGCUGGCUUAAACAUUCCAUUACAUCGAACAGUGUUGCAGACAGAGGAAGAGGUGGCACUGGACGAAUUUCCCCUAGAUGCUAAUUCUGAAGAAAUUGCAGAAGCGAAGAAGGAAGCGGAAAAAAUUAAUAAAUUAAAGUCAUUGUUCGGUGGUCUGAAAUUUUUUUUAAAUCGAGAGGUUCCCAGAGAAGCGUUAGUAUUUGUGAUUCGCUGUUGUGGUGGCGAAGUUUCAUGGGAUAAAAUGUUAUUCGUUGGUUCUACAUUUGAUGAAGAUGACGAAUCCAUUACACAUCAAAUUGUUGAUAGGCCAGUCAUCGACAAGCAGUUCAUUUCACGGUAUUAUGUGCAACCUCAAUGGGUAUUUGAUUGUAUAAACGCCCGAGAGCUGUUACCUGUCAACAAGUAUUUCAUUGGGGAAGUUCUUCCUCCACAUCUGUCUCCAUUCGUCGACAAAGAUAGAGAUUCUUAUCAGCAGUAUGUACCUCCUGAGGAGAUCUUGCUGCAGAACCCGAAUGCACAACUUGCCAAAAAUACGGCACAGGAUGAAGAAAUGGAGGAAAAAUCUGAUGAUGAUAAAGCAAAGGAACAAUCUGAUAAUGAGGAUGAACAAGAGAAAGAACAAGAAGAUAGUUUAGAUAAAUCACUACAAAUUACGAAAAAGAAACUGUCGGUGAAGGCUGGUAAAGUUGAAAAGAAAGAUCCUUGGGAAAAACGCAAGCUAGAAAAGCAAGAAUAUCGUUUAAGGGAAAAAAUGGUAAAGAAUAAACACAGAAGAUUGUAUAAAAGUAUGAUGGAGGGUAAGAAGAAGAGGUCAAAAGAAGUAUGGUUAUUGAAAAAGAAACGUCGAUUAAUUGAAGAGAAGCAAAAGGUCGACCGGAAGGCAAAAACAAAUUAGCACUGUAUAUAUGUAUUUUAAAAAAUAAUAAAGCGUCUAA